GAUUCUUCGUUGGUCACAGGGCGGCCUCUACUAAAGCCCCAAUCUUGCUGCAAUUUACGGCUUUUGCCAACACCGAAAGGAGGAGGAGGAGGAGGAGUUUGUUAGAAGGUAAAGACGAGGAGGGUCGUGGGGGGAAAAGUCUGCAAGUUGCAAACGCAAAAAGUAAAAGAUGGUUGGAGGGUGCGGAGGGACUUCUCGCUUGUUUGGUUGAGGUUCUGCUUAGAUCGGUUUCUCUGAUGGAUUUGAGUUAGCUGAGAUUAUCAGUUUUAGAUUUCGGAGAUUCGGAGGUUUCCUGAUACUGGGCUCAGAACCAGUUGUUUAUAUAUAUAUGUGGUUUCUGAGAUUUCGGUUUCCAAAAUUGUAAACCUUUAGAUCUGAGUUCGACUUUAACUGUUGGUUUUGGUUUUUGUUCGGUUCCGGUUGAGGACAUGUGGCUUCACUUCACUUUUUUGUGAAGAGUAAUUCUUGAGAAGAGAAGAGGAGAGAUAUGGAGGAGGCAGGUCCGCAGGUGGCUUCUCCCAUUUUCAUACACCCGCAGACACUGCAGAGUCGGUUUUCGAUGGCCAAGAAGCGUGAUCUGCUUAAUGUUCAGGCGAAGCCGCCAUUGAUGACACCAACAACAGAGCUUCAAAACCAUAUCAUGGAUGACUGGAACGCCAAGGGUUGGGAUUGGGACAGCGUCAGAUUCGUAGCCAAGCCCCUGGACCUGCGGCUUGGUACUCCAGCUACAGCAGCAGCAACAGCAGCGGAGCAGAAAAAGAAAGAGAGCUCUCGGUCUGUGUCUGUGGAGGAAGAAGACGAGAGCCUUCGGCUGAAUCUUGGUGGCGGCUUGAAGUUUGUGGAGGAGGAGCAGGAGCCCCAGUCGAGGCCAAACAAAAGGGUCCGGUCCGGAUCUCCCGGUACCGGCGGAAACUACCCCAUGUGUCAGGUUGAUAACUGUAAGGAGGAUUUGUCAAACGCAAAAGACUAUCACCGCCGACACAAAGUGUGUGAGGCUCACAGCAAAUCUACCAAGGCCCUUGUUGCCAAACAGAUGCAGAGGUUCUGCCAGCAGUGCAGCAGGUUUCAUCUCCUUUCUGCGUUUGAUGAGGGUAAGAGGAGUUGUAGGCGUAGACUUGAUGGGCAUAAUCGCCGUAGAAGGAAAACCCAACAGGAGGAUGUUACAGGACGGCUUCUACUUCCUGGAAACCGGGACAACACUGCAAGUAAUGCGAAUUUAGAUGUCGUCAAUUUGUUGGCUGCUAUAGCUCGUACCCAAGGGAAAAAUGAGGAUAAAACAAUCAACUGCUCAUCGAUACCAGAUAGAGACCAUCUUGUUCAGAUACUUAGUAAGAUAAACUCGUUACCUUUGCCUCCAGACCUGGUGGCGAAGCUGCCCAAUUUAGGAAGCUUGCAUAGUAAAUUACCGGGUCAUACUUCUUCGGAACAGCAAAUCAAACUGAAUGGAAACGCAUGUUCUCCUUCAACAAAGGAUUUGCUUGCUGUUCUUUCAGCUCCCCUAGCCACGUCUGCUCCCGAUGCUCUCACAAUACUAUCUCAAAAGAGCAGCCAGAGCAGUGACAGUGAGAAAACUAAGAUUACUCACUCUGACCAAACUACUCUCAAUCUGCAAAAGAGACCUUUAGAAUUUCCUUCUGUUGGAGGAGAGAGAAGUAGUAGCGGUUACCAGUCUCCUAUGGAAGAUUCUGACGGCCAGGUUCAAGAAGUGCAUGUUAAUUUACCUCUGCAGCUGUUUGGAUCCUCACCUGAAGAUGAUAGUCCUCCAAAACUUGCAUCUUCUAGGAAAUAUUUCUCAUCCGACAGCAGUUAUCCCAUUGAUGGGAGGUCUCCUUCGUCUUCUCCUCCUACUGUGCAAAAGCUGUUACCGAUACAGAGAAAAAGAGAAACUUUGAAGCCUGAGAAAAUGACAAUCAAUAAAGGGCUUAAUGCAAAUGUUGUCGCUAGCAGAACUGCUGAUUCUAAGAGGCCCUUUGAUCUGUUCAGAGGAUCAAAUACAGGAGCUGAGCAUGGUUCAUUUCAAAGUUUUCCUUAUCAAGCUGGGUAUAUCUCUUCUGGGUCUGACCAUUCACCUCCAAGUCUGAAUUCUGAUGCACAGGAUCGCACUGGUCGAAUAAUCUUUAAACUUUUUGACAAGGAUCCGAGCCAUUUUCCAGAGACAUUGCGGACACAGAUAUCCUGUUGGCUCUCUAACCGUCCAUCUGAAAUGGAGAGUUAUAUAAGACCUGGUUGUGUGGUUCUAUCAGUUUAUGUGUCAAUGCCAUCCGCUGCCUGGGAACAAUUUGAACAAAACCUUCUUGAGCGUGUCAAUACUUUGGUUCAAUCUUCAGAUUCUGAUUUCUGGAGAAGUGGGAGGUUUAUAAUUAACACAGGCAGGCAAUUAGCAUCGCAUAAAGAUGGAAAGAUCCGUCUAUGCAAAUCCUGGAGAACAUGGAGUUCCCCAGAGUUGAUUUUGGUAUCUCCUUUGGCAGUUGUGGAUGGGCAAGAAACAUCUCUACUUUUGAAGGGUAGAAAUCUCUCUAAUCCUGGAGCCAAGAUUCAUUGCACUUAUAUGGGUGGUUACAUAUCGAAGGAAGUUUCGGAAUCUACCUGCCAAGGAACCUCGUAUGAUAAGAUAAAUUUGGUCAGUUUCAAAAUUCACUGUGAAUCUCCUGGAGGUGUCGGUCGCUUUUUCAUUGAGGUAGAAAAUGGUUUCAAGGGCAAUGGUUUUCCAGUGAUAGUAGCUAAUUCAACCAUCUGUGAGGAACUGAGGCUUCUCGAGUCUGAGUUUGAUUUGGAGGCAAAAGAAUAUGAUGACAUUUCAGAAGACAAUACAAAUGAUUUUCGGCGACCAAAGUCGAGGGAGGAAGUUCUGCACUUCUUGAAUGAACUUGGAUGGCUCUUCCAAAGGAUAGGAAACACUUCCAUGCUUGGGAAUCCUGAUUAUUCACUUAGCCGGCUCAAAUUUUUACUCACAUUCUCUGUUGAAAGAGACUGUUGUGCUUUAGUUAGAAUGCUCCUAGACAUACUGGUUGAAAGAAACUUUGAUGGAAAUGUACUGACAAAGGAGUCCUUGGAGACAUUGUCUGAGAUUCAGCUGUUGAACCGGGCAGUUAAAAGAAGGUGCAGGAAGAUGGUUGAUGUGCUCAUCCAUUACUCCAUUACUAGCAGUAAUGAUGCCUCCAAGAAAUAUAUAUUUCCACCAAAUGUUGUGGGGCCUGGAGGUGUUACACCUCUACAUUUGGCUGCUUGUACGUCAGGUUCAGAUGAUCUGAUAGAUGCUUUGACGAGCGACCCACCAGAGAUUGGAUUGAACUGCUGGACUUCCCUUCUUGAUGCAAUUAGACAGUCACCUUAUGAUUAUGCUAUGAUGAGGCAUAAUCACUCUUACAACAAGCUGGUGGCUCGUAAACUCACUGACAGAGAGAAUGGUCAAGUGUCAGUGAUGGUAACGAGUGAGAUAGAGCAAGAACGGUUGGCAAUGGAGCCAGAGCAUCAGAUAAGUACCCAAGUCAAACAGCUCAGAUCUUGUGCCAGGUGUGCAGUUGUUGCAAGGAAGCACAACAUGAGGGUUUCAGCUUCCCAAGGAUUGCUUCAGCGCCCCUUCAUUCAUUCAAUGCUUGCCAUUGCUGCUGUCUGUGUUUGUGUCUGCUUGUUCUUGCGUGGCUCCCCAGACAUUGGCUCGGUUGCCCCGUUCAAGUGGGAGAAUUUGGGUUUUGGCACAAUAUAAUGUUAAUGGGGAGAUGCUUUUGGACAAAGGAAAUAGCGGCUCAGGUCGGUUGAGCGCAAGUUGAUUCUGAUAUCAAAGUAGAUAUCGGUUAAGUUGAUUUUUGGAAAUGAAAAUGAGUUAUGCUGAUUACAUUUUGAAAAUGAGAACUAAGGGUUGGACAGGAGUUGUGUAGACAGUCCUGAGAAGUUAGGAAGUUAUGACCAGGAUCAGGCAUGACAUGAUUGAGAUGCUGCAUAUAAUAUCUUCCUAACUAGUCCUAAGAUUCGGGAUGCCGGCUUAGAUUGCAAAAUUUCUUUGGCCGGUAUCUGCUGAAAGUAGGUGAUUUAUUUUUGACUUAGGAAUUUAGAAAUCUUCAGCUCCUGAAACCUCUAAGCCAGAGGAAGGGCGGAAAGCUGCACGAUAGCAAGGUGUUGGAUGCCCACCCAGAUGGAGUAAAAAGAGAAGUCGAGAGAGAAUGCAAGCAUGUAUAGUUUCGUAAGAGGUUUAAUUUGGUUAAUCCUAUGUGGUUUUAUUUUCCCCUUUAUAUUCCUUUACAAGUCAUGGAUCAUAAUUUUAGGGCAUUUACAGUGUAAACAUUGUUGUCUCUAUAAGCUAAUCGGUCUCUGGUGAAUCACACGACAAUAUCAUAUGAAGCACGCAAUAGUGAAAUAUUUGUUCAGUUUUAUUUAAAA